UUCAUGGAUUCAAUCUUCAGAUCCCAAAUUUUCCAUCUUCCCUUACUUGUUCUUCUCUUCUUCUGCCUUCCUUCAAUCUCCGAAUCCAACCAGUUCGGCGAUACAGUAUUUGGAUAUGGCGAAUCCACAUGCGGGGUUUCUUCGCCGUCGGCGUCGAAAAUACUGAUAAAGGGAGGGACUGUUGUGAACGCUCAUCAGCAGGAGGUUGCUGAUGUUUAUGUGGAGGAUGGGAUCAUUGUUGCCGUUAAGCCUCACGUUCAA